AUACCUCGCCAGUAAAAAUGUGGAUGAAACCGGCUGCCAUGUCAAAUUCAAUCAGGGCCGAAGCCAAGCCGAUGGAUGAUCACCCGACGACGUCACUGCCAGAAGACGAAGGCUUCAUCAAUACGUCAGUGUCAUUAAUGUCGCCGAAAAAGGAUGCUAUUAAGGUCGGCGACAUGCUGCAUUACAUAGUUACAUGCAGGCGCAAAGAUGGCAGCCUUCUUCAUUCGGGAGGAGGGUUUUGGUACGCUACCCUGGACUCCAAGGCUAACCCGAAGGCAAGCACCGCUGGUAAAAUUGAAGACCACAACAACGGCACGUACAGCAUCUACAUCUACGCUGGCUGGGCUGGUGAAGCUAGUCUCUCUGUCAGACGCGUCUUAAGCAGGCAGGCCGUAGAUUUUAUGCUGAACACCAUAUGGUCCGCUGACGAUCGCGUGGUGUGGAGCGGCUUCUUCAAUGUUCCAGGUUCGAAGAACAAACCAUCAGGCCUCUGCAGACUGACUAGGCAUGGGAACUGGACGGGCAAGUGCGUGUACGCAAACAAGAAUGCACUCGGCAAGACUGUUUUCCUGUGCGAGAAGCCAAGAGGGGUGGACUGCGGUAAUCUCUAUGGGACGAAGAGCAACGGUCGAAAAAUAUCAGCUAGGGUCAGGGAGCUUGCCCGAGGAAAAGAACACUUAUUCAUUAAGCCGAUACAACUGGACGAGCCUCCCGUGAAAAUAUCCGGUGCAGGAGCAGUUGCUGCACCAAAUUUACCUCAGUGCCUCCCGGACAUGAAGCUACCGCCCAGUCAAGGGUACUGGCUGCAAGACAAGUGGCAGUCGCUGCUCUGCCAAAUCACUGACUGGACAGAGAAAGCAAAGCUGACUACUUGCUUACAAAACAGGAACAUUUUACUGUUUGGGGAUUCGACGACUCGUCAGUGGUUCGUCCACAUUCUGGACCUGAUGGGUAGGAAGUUCGUUGCCCGAAAGGGUGAACCAGGGUUCUUCUGGCGAAGGUAUUACGAAGACAUCGACAUGUCCAUCACGAUAUCAUUUCCCAAACAGCUGGUCGGCAGCGCGACCGUGAUACUGGACACCGUGCAUUACGAACACGACUUGAUAGACGAGCUGAACAACACGAGAUGCAACUACGUGAUCAUGGUCAGCCCCUGGGCUCAUUUCAGCCAGUGGACGCGGGAGAGCUACACGGAGAGAACCGAGUUACUCCGAGAGGCUCUAAUCCGAUUCCGCAGGCGCUGCCCGGACGCCAAAAUCGUCCUGAAAGGACCCCAUCCCCGAGACCAAAAGAACUUCGAUGCCUUGAUCUACUCCAGCGACGUGAUACUGUGGGGGAUAGGAGAAAUAAACCAGCGCUUGCUUAGCGGGAUUGGGGUUUGGUUCCUACCAAUAUGGGACAUGAACUUGGCUUUUCCGGUCCGAAAAACUAUCCACAUGCCGGUAACAGUCAUCCACGAAGAAGUGAAGAUGUUCAUGAGUUACGUGUGCGGGGACAGUAAGAUGCCCGCGUUGAAGGUUUAAGAUGUUUAAGUCUACUCGACAUUAAUGUAAUAAUGGGAUUACAAACAACACAUGUGUACCAUUUUAAGGGGUUUUAAUUUCCUUCAUUUUCAGUGAGUUGUUGAAAGUUUAUGAAAGUCAAGCCCGCGGGAA